AUGGCUUCGUUCCCUGAGACCGACUUCCAGAUCUGCCUGCUGUGCAAGGAGAUAUGCGGCUCGCCGGCGCCGCUCUCCUCCAACUCGUCUGCGUCGUCCUCGUCCUCGCAGACGUCCACGUCGUCGGGGGGCGGUGGCGGGGGCCCUGGGGCCGCGGCGCGCCGCUUACACGUCCUGCCCUGCCUGCACGCCUUCUGCCGCCCGUGCCUCGAGGCGCACCGGCUGCCGGCGGCCGGCGGCAGUGCGCCAGGAGAGCCACUCAAACUGCUUUGCCCUGUGUGCGACCAGAAAGUAGUUCUGGCCGAGGCGGCGGGCAUGGACGCGCUACCCUCGUCUGCCUUUCUGCUCAGCAACCUGCUCGACGCCGUGGUGGCCACCGCCGACGAGCCGCCGCCCAAGAACGGGCGUGCCGGAGCCCCAGCGGCCGCGGGCGGCCACAGCAACCACCGGCACCACGCGCACCACGCGCACCCUCGUGCGUCUGCCUCGGCGCCGGCGCUCCCGCAGGCGCCGCCGCCGCCGCCCGCUCCUUCUCGUUCCGCUCCAGGAGGACCUGCUGCCUCCCCGUCGGCGCUGCUGCUGCGCCGGCCGCAUGGCUGCAGCUCUUGCGACGAGGGCAACGCCGCUUCGUCGCGCUGCCUCGACUGCCAGGAACACCUGUGCGACAACUGCGUCCGCGCGCACCAGCGCGUGCGCCUCACCAAGGACCACUACAUCGAGCGCGGCCCGCCGGGUCCCGCCGCGGCCGCGGCCGCGGCCGCGGCGCAGCAGCUCGGGCUCGGGGCGCCCUUCCCCGGCCCGCCCUUCUCCAUCCUCUCGGUCUUCCCUGAGCGCCUCGGCUUCUGCCAGCAGCACGACGACGAGGUGCUGCACCUGUACUGUGAUACUUGCUCCGUGCCCAUCUGCCGUGAGUGUACAAUGGGCCGGCACGGCGGCCACAGCUUCAUCUACCUCCAGGAGGCACUGCAGGACUCGCGGGCACUCACCAUCCAGCUGCUGGCUGACGCCCAGCAGGGCCGCCAGGCAAUCCAGCUGAGCAUCGAGCAGGCCCAGACGGUGGCAGAACAGGUGGAGAUGAAGGCCAAGGUGGUGCAGUCAGAGGUCAAAGCCGUGACUGCGAGGCAUAAGAAGGCCCUGGAGGAGCGGGAGUGCGAGCUGCUGUGGAAGGUAGAGAAGAUCCGCCAGGUGAAGGCCAAGUCUCUGUACCUGCAGGUGGAGAAGCUGCGGCAGAACCUCAACAAGCUCGAGAGCACCAUCAGCGCCGUGCAGCAGGUCCUGGAGGAGGGGAGGGCACUAGAUGUCCUGCUGGCCCGAGACCGCAUGCUGGCCCAGGUGCAGGAGCUGAAGACCUUGCGCAGCCUCCUGCAGCCCCAGGAGGACGACCGGAUCAUGUUCACGCCCCCUGACCAGGCACUGUACCUUGCUGUCAAGUCCUUCGGCUUCGUCAGCAGCGGGGCCUUCGCACCACUCACCAAGGCCACCGGUGAUGGCCUCAAGCGGGCCCUCCAGGGUAAAGUGGCCAGCUUCACUGUCAUUGGCUACGACCACGACGGGGAGCCUCGUCUCUCGGGAGGCGACCUAAUGUCGGCUGUGGUCCUGGGCCCUGAUGGCAACCUGUUUGGGGCAGAAGUGAGUGAUCAGCAGAAUGGGACUUACGUGGUGAGCUACCGGCCCCAGCUGGAGGGCGAGCACCUGGUCUCGGUCACCUUGUGCAACCAGCACAUCGAGAACAGCCCCUUCAAGGUUGUGGUCAAGUCAGGCCGCAGCUACGUGGGCAUCGGGCUGCCCGGUCUGAGCUUUGGCAGCGAGGGUGACAGUGACGGCAAACUCUGCCGCCCUUGGGGCGUGAGUGUGGACAAGGAGGGCUACAUCGUCGUCGCCGACCGCAGCAACAACCGCAUCCAGGUGUUCAAGCCCUGCGGCACCUUCCAUCACAAAUUUGGCACCCUGGGCUCCCGACCCGGGCAGUUCGACCGGCCAGCCGGGGUGGCCUGUGAUGCCUCCCGCAGGAUCGUGGUGGCUGACAAGGACAAUCAUCGAAUCCAGAUCUUCACCUUCGAGGGCCAGUUCCUCCUCAAGUUUGGCGAGAAGGGAACCAAGAAUGGGCAGUUCAACUACCCUUGGGAUGUGGCAGUGAAUCCGGAGGGCAAGAUCCUGGUCUCUGACACUCGGAACCACCGGAUCCAGCUGUUCGGGCCUGAUGGAGUCUUCCUGAAUAAGUACGGCUUCGAGGGGGCUCUCUGGAAGCACUUUGACUCCCCUCGGGGUGUGGCCUUCAACCACGAAGGCCACUUGGUAGUCACUGAUUUCAACAACCACCGGCUCCUGGUCAUUCACCCCGAUUGCCAGUCGGCGCGCUUCCUGGGCUCAGAGGGCACCGGCAAUGGGCAGUUCCUGCGCCCGCAGGGCGUGGCCGUGGACCAGGAGGGGCGCAUCAUUGUGGCCGAUUCCAGGAACCACCGGGUACAGAUGUUCGAGUCCAACGGCAGCUUCCUGUGCAAGUUUGGCGCUCAGGGCAGUGGCUUUGGGCAGAUGGACCGCCCUUCCGGCAUCGCUGUCACCCCCGAUGGGAUGAUCGUCGUGGUCGACUUUGGCAACAAUCGAAUCCUCAUCUUCUAA